UAGUGUAUUUUGUUUUGUCGACAUUUGGAAAGUUUACCGAAAAAUCUUCUGUUUCCAUCAGGCCUGUCAUGACGUUUUUUAUGUACUUCACUCACAUAAAAAGGUUGGAUGGAAACUUGGUUAGUGUUAGUGACAAGUCCAGUCAGGAGAAAGGAGCAUAUGGAAGACAAGGCCAAAGAGCGAGUAAAGGAGAAAACGGGUUCCACCAAGAAAAGAGCUGGCAGGGGCAGGGAGAAGGAGAAGGGAUGCAAAGGACGUGGCUCCACUGGGAGCAGCAGGUCCGGCUCCAGUAGCAGCUCUGGCUCCAGUUCUUCCAGCGGCUCCAGUUCCUCCUCUGCCUCCAGCCGCUCCGGGUCUUCCAGCUCCCGUUCCUUGAGCUCAUCCAGCUCCUCAGGGUCACCCAACCCCAGUCGCCGCCGCCACAACGACCGCCAACGCUCACGGUCCAAAUCCAAGUCAUCAGUGAAAAAGGAUGACAAGGAGAGGCGUAGGAGGAGCCCCAGCCCCCGACCCACCAAGGUGUACCUGGGCCGCCUCACCAGAAACGUCAUCAAGGAACACAUCCAGGAGAUCUUCGGCACAUAUGGCAAGAUCAAGAUGAUUGACAUACCUGUGGACAGGCUCCUCCCACACCUGUCGAAAGGCUAUGCCUACGUGGAGUUUGAGACGGCCGAUGAGGCCGAGAAGGCUCUCAAACACAUGGAUGGAGGUCAGAUUGAUGGACAGGAGAUCACAGCAACUGCCAUGCUGGCUCCCAGGGUAAUACGCCCGCCCCCUCGCAGGCUCUCCCCCCCUCGCAGGAUGCCCCCACCACCCCCUAUGUGGCGACGCACCCCACCCCGCAUGAGAAGAUCUCGGUCACCACGGAGACGCUCUCCGGUUCGCCGCAGAACUCGCUCGCACUCCCCCGGUCGCAGACGCCACCGCUCACGAUCCAGCUCGAACUCCUCCAGGUAGAGCUGCCUGGAACCCCUGACCUCACAGCUCCUCUCCUCCCUCAUUUUCCCUUUCUCCACUGGAAAAGUCUGGCUGUAUCAAAAGUCCUACCCAGUUUCCUAUCCUUGUGUCCUUCCCUCUACGAUCACUGAUCUCACAGGAUAUUACAGGUAAAAACAUGAGUAUCGAGACAGACUUUCUCUCACCAGUGUAUUUUUAUUGGUCUAUAAGCAUAAUGUUAGAUGCUAGGAUCAAUCUGAGGCAAGAGGAGUGAAAUGAACCCCC